AUGGCUGCCAAGAUUCCAAGAAAUUUUCGACUCCUGGAGGAGCUUGAAAAGGGUGAGAAGGGUCUGAGUGCAGAUGCUUGCUCAUACGGACUCGCUGAUGGCGAGGAUAUGAUGAUGAGCAAUUGGAACGGGACGAUCCUAGGCCCGCCUCACAGCGUCCACGAGAACCGGAUAUACAGUGUGAACAUCCACUGCGGACCUGACUACCCGGAUAACCCCCCUACCAUUCAAUUCGUUUCUCGGGUCAACAUCCCCUGCGUUGAUCCCGGCUCUGGCAAGGUUGAUCCCACAAAGCUUCCAACCCUUGCACAAUGGAAACGAGACUACACCAUGGAAACUGUCUUGAUUGAGUUGAGGAGGUACAUGGCCUUGCCCCAACACAAGAAGCUGCCGCAGCCCCCGGAGGGCUCAACUUUCUAG